AUGCCUAGACUUGAAGACUGGGAAAUCAAGAAGUACUGGGAAAUCUUUCAGGGAUUAGAUCCAGUGAACAAGAAGCUCACCGGAGACAAGGUAGCUCCCGUGUUGAAGAACUCUCGUUUGCAAGAUGACCAAUUGGCCAAGAUCUGGGAGUUAUCCGAUAUCGAUAGCGACGGCAAGUUGGACUUCGAAGAGUUCUGUAUCACCAUGAGAUUAAUUUUCGAUAUGGUCAAUGGAGUCAGCACAGCCAUUCCCAAGGAGUUGCCCAGCUGGUUGAUUCCAUCUUCGAAAGCCCACUUGAUCCAGGCCAAUAAUGCUGUACGUAGCAACAGCAACCAAGGGUUCGACUAUGAAGAUGACGAAGAUGGAUUGAGCGACGACUUCGACUGGUACAUAUCCCCCACUGAUAAGGCUACCUAUGAGACAAUCUACAACUCCAAUAGUGAUUCUUAUGGCAGAGUGAAGUUCGAAUCCUUAAAUUCAUUAUAUAGCUCAUUAAGCAAAGUCCCAAAGAGUGAUAUUUCUUCGGCAUGGAAUCUCGUCAAUCCCAAGUCGUUUGAAACUAUUGACAAGGAUCAAGUCUUAGUGUUUCUACAUAUCUUGAACCAACGGGAAAACGGCAAGAGAAUACCACGAGGUGUUCCGGCCUCAUUGAGAGCUACAUUCUCGAAGGAAGUGCCCAACUACGACUUGAACUCGGUGCAGGCCAAACCACAACCUAGUGUUGGAACAGGCAGAAAGUCUUUUGCCAACGAUUACUUGAACAAAAUCGGCCAGGCAAAUACAAUAACAGAAAGAGGUACAGAUUUCUCGUCGACCGAGGGAACUGACUGGGAAGAAGUGAGAUUACGAAGGGAGUUGACUGACUUGGAAAACUUGUUGCACAAGAUUCAAAAUGGGAACAAGAAUGACAACUCCAACACAAAUGACGACAGCGCCUUGUUGAAAUACGAAUACGAACAAUUAUUGAAAUAUAAGCAAAACAAGUUAAGCUCGGCGAACUUGUCGACCAAAAGCAAGGAUUUGACUGAAGUUAAAGGCGACUUAGAUUUGAUUCAAAGUCAGGUUUCUACUUUGGAAGAUUUCUUGAAAUCAAAGUCCAGUGAGUUGGAGAAGCUUAACGAAGAGAUUAGACUGUUGAAGGCUUAA